UUGCUCUAAAGAAUCACGGUGCCAGAGAAGCGGAGGGGGAUGAAGAUUGCGGCAACGGACCAGCUCUGGGCUCAGCAGCGGUACAGGAGGGCGAGCUGCUCCUACAGUUAGCGCUCAACAGCUUUGUGCUGGUGGUGACAUCGGAAGGACUGAUAUUUUACUCCUCACAUACGAUUCAGGACUAUCUGGGAUUUCAUCAGUCCCUCUCUCCCACAGAGGGGAAGAAUCUCAGCUCUUCUGCUGUUGCCUACAAGCCAGAUCAGCUGCCCCCAGAAAACUCCUCCUUUCUGGAAAGGAGCUUAGUGUGCCGCUUUCGCUGCCUCCUGGAUAAUUCCUCUGGCUUCCUGGCUUUAAACCUUCAAGGCAGAAUGAAAUUCCUUCAUGGGCAGAACAAAAGGUCUUAAGAUGCGUCUGCACUGCCACCCCAACUUGCUCUCUUCGCUAUCUCCACCCCCUUGCAGCCCCCAUCCAUCCUGCAGAUCCGAACCAAGAACAUGGUCUUCAGGACGAAGCACAAGCUGGACUUCACCCCCUUGGCAUGCAAUGCCAAGGGUAAGAUUGUUUCGGGCUACACUGAGGCAGAGCUGUGGAUGUGCGGCACCAGCUACCAGUUCAUCCAUGCUGCCGACAUGCUGUACUGUGCUGAGAAGCAUGUCGGGAUGAUGAAGACGGGCGAGAGCAGCCUGACAGUCUUCCACCUGCUGACGAAGGAGAAUCGCUGGAAGUGGGUGCAGGCUAACGCCCAGCUCAUCUACAAGAACGGCAAGCCCGAGUACAUCAUUGUCACACAGAGACCCCUCGUGGAUGAAGAAGGAGAGCACCUCCGGAAACGGUCCAUGCAUCUUCCCUUUACUUUUGCUACAGGAGAGGUGCUCUUAUACCAAAGCGCUUACCCUCUCCCAGGCUUCCCUGACCCUUUUCAGAGGAAAGGGAAAACCAGCAAGUCCAAGAAGACCUCUCACAGCCAUGGAGGGCGCUCCCAGAAGAAUGGCAUUGACCCCAGUUCUCUGCUGGGUGCUGUGAUGCAACAGGACAACGCAGUGUACGCCUCCCAUCCAGCUCCUGCACCUAACCGCUCCUUCAGCAGCCAUUUUGUGGACCAUUUUGAGGCUGUGCCUUUGCUGGAUGCAGGAAGAGAUGCCUGGAGUAUGGGUGCUGCUCCAAUAUCUUCAAGGGGGGACAGCCUCAAAGAGGAGCUGGUAGAUUUACAGCAGGAGGACCCUCUCUUGGCCACCCUGGACUCGCUCUCAAUUAAGAGUGACGAGAGCUGUUCCAACAAUGAGCUCUUCAGUGCACUGGAGGGCCUGGGCUUGAAUGCUGAGGACUUGGAGCUCCUGCUGCUGGAUGAGAAAAUGGUGAUGGUCAAUAUGGGCCCUGACCACACCCUGUCCCUGAACAACUGCCUCACCAGCAACGAGAUUGUCUCCUACAUCCACGCCACUCUGGUGAACAAGCACGAGGAAGAACAACAGCUUGUUCCUGAGAAGCAGCUGAGCCCUGUUCCCUCCAUGCCCCAGGACCCUUUUCUGAGCUCAGCUGCAGGGAGCAUCAGCAGCCCGAUGGAGACCCCUGUGAACUUCUAUGGGACAUUCACCUCCACGCUGAGCCAGGAGAGCAGGCACAUG